AUGCGUUUCCUUCCCGCUGGUCUCAGCGUUCUUGCUAUCGCCUCGCUCGGCACAGCGCGCAGCUGCCGCACUAGAACUACCAGCAGCAUCGGAACCUCCGCGGCUGCGACAUCGCCCGAGUCAACAAUCGUCUCGCCCAGCAGCUUUUCUACCCCUUCGCUCUCUACAUUUUCAAUCUCUACGCCUGUGGUUUUGCCUUCGCAGAGUACUCUUAUCACCUUGACUCGGACCGAGUCAACCCCUUCAAGCAGUUCUACUGAGACCCCUUCGGAGUCGGCCACUCUUUCUAGCAGCCUGUCUACUACUCCUCUAUCCGCUACCCCAUCAAGUGGUUUAUCUGCAACCGCUACUCCGGAGAGCACUCCUGUUGGCUCAACGGAGGCUUCCUCAUUUGCCGCCACGACUCCUGAGGUAUCCACAACUCCUUCCACAACAAUCGUGGCCAGCUCAACAGAGGUUUCCUCCAUUGCCUCGACGAGUCCAGAAGUUAGUACCACUGCGGCCUCGACUGUUGCUUCGUCUACAUCGGUCUUGCCCUCCACCACGUCAGCUGCCCCAGUCCCCGUUUCUACGUUCACUCUUGUUGCUUCUACCUCGCAAAAUUCCGCCAAUGGCCACACGAUCCAAAACAGUGGCCAGAACAACCAGAUCGUGUACAUCAACCCCACGGGUGCAACAUACUCUACCAGCUCAUACUACCUAGAGGCUUCUACAGGCUUCCUCAAGACGGGCAACUUCUACGUAGCUUACUUCACGAGCACUAGUUCAAUCUACCUGCAGGACCAGACUUCCCUGACAGCCAGACCCACCCUGAGAAAGAUUGCAUGCACUGGUGCUUUUGUGAACCAAGCCUUGUCAUGUGCGGUAGACGGCUUCCCUUUGAUCACGAACUUCUACGCUUCCUCUAGUGCCACGACCAAUAUCAAUAUCAGAAUGGCGAACCCAGCCACGCCGCCAUCAGGUUAUGUAGAGCUUGGUAUGAAGCCAAGCGCGGUCUAA